CACUACAAGUACUUCCCCUUCCAAAUUACAGGCGGCAAAGCCAAUGAGGUUUGUUUAUGUAACAAAAAUGAUUCAAUUUGCACUUGAUAUACAAAGCAUGAAACUGCAAAGCAAAACAGCACAAAGAAAACAAUGUGUUUCCUUUUUGACAUUAUUACUUUGUAAACACAGUCUGCCAAACAGCAAAAUGGCAUCAAGCAAGCCAGCAAGAAUGUUCCCUAUUAUUUUAGAUAUUAGCAAAUUAAAUGAGAUUGUGCAGAUAUUGAAACAAUACAGGUUUCCUGAGGCAAAAUGGUUUGAAUUUGGAUUGAAUCUUGGUCUCCUUUAUCCUACACUGGAAGCUAUUGAUGCUAAUCAUAGAGGAAAUACUUCACGUUGUCUCAUGGAGUGUUUAUCCAAGUGGCUGAGUAAAGCACAUCACCCUACUUGGCAGACAUUGGCCAAUGCUCUUAGAAAAUUGGAAGCAAAAGCAGUGGCUAAAAAUAUUGAAGAAAUAAUGGCUGACCCUGCUAGCCAGCUACUACAGCAUUACAGUAGUAGAAUAUCUGGAGCAACACUCUCUGAAGAAUCAGUUGAUCUGUUACAUACAGAAGGACUGAUAUCUGAAGAGACAUUGAGGGAAGUGAAGGGUUGUGGAUACACACUAACAGAUGAUGCAAUGAGAGAAAUAUACACAGCAGUAGCUUAUGAUCAUAACAAACUGAAAUCAUUUGCUAGCAUAUUAUUAAGAUCAACAGGCACUGUUAGUAUAGCCAAUGACUUAUUGAGAGAUAGUGAGGAUAUUUUUUACAGGGCAGAAAAUUCACCUGAUGAAGGUAUUACUUUUGUGACAGAAGAUUCCCUUUGUGAGAAUUGUGAGGAGCACAAUGUAUCAAGUAUUAAACUCUCAGAAUCGAAAGAUAUUUUCAAAGAAUUUGAGUUUCAAAUUUCAGAGGAUUAUAAUUAUCACUUUGACAAAAUGAGAGGCAAUUUUGGAUCUUUCUAUUUCAAAGUCACUCGAUUGGUAUCUCACACCAUCAGAGUGAACCAACUUGAAGAUUUCAUAGAAUUUCUUGACGGUUGCUAUGCUGAGCUAGGUCCUAACCUAACCUCUGCUGCUACAGUAAAAGAUGUCAUGAAGGUUGUUAAAACCAAAUGCAAUGUCAUCAAUAUUGCACCAGUAGAGGUAGCAGUCAGUUUCAACAGCGAAGUAGAAACUGAAGCUAAGCCACUGGUAGCUGAUUAUAAUGCAGCUGUCAAUGAGUUCUGUCACAAUUUCAAACUUCGAUUCUUACUUGAUAAAAAACUUUCAACAAGCGAUUUUCUCAUUUGUGAAACAAUUGAGUUUGUUCUAGACUGGGAUCCUGCUGAGCACUUAUUGAAUGAUAUUCGUCGUUUAAUGGAGAAAGCAUUCAAAGGAUUGAGCAGAAGGAUCAUAGUCAAAAGCAUGCAUAAAGGGAACUCCAUCAUUAUCAUUUGUGGUGCUCCUACUCAUCUAAUGAAUGCUUUGCAAUUGAGGGCUCGUGAUAAUCUUACUGUGCUCCAAGAAGAAUUUGCUUUGAUGAGAUUGAAAAUAGGACACUGCACUGUCUAUGAUAGGACCAUCAUAAACAAAGGACAGAAGAUUGUUGCAGAGGAAAUUGAAAUGUGUGAAGGAGAAUUGGUAAAGAUGAAUCUAUACCACAAUGACAAAGAAAGUCUCCUUGCUAGUCAAGCAGUGCAACUUAUACCUUUAAAGCAGAAACAAGAAUUCAUCAAUCAUAGCAUGCAAGCAUCAGGGUUUAAAUCUAAAGUCAAACAAUUUGAAAGAGAAAAGGCUGCAAAUACAAAAAAGCGAAUGCUACUAGGAGAAAAUGAACAUUUACAAUCUACUCUAAGGAUCAGAAUAAGUCGAAAGGAAGUACUACAAGACAAUGAAAAAGAGAUUGGAGGACUACUGGAAAGUAUAUCAUCUAUUAGUGUAAAAUUGUUAGAAAUGCAAACUUCAAAUUUUUACAUAAAAUCCACACAGACAGUGCUAUCAUUCAAUGGAUCUAUCUGUGAAGCUCAAGAUGAUUAUAAUGAAACAACUAUUUCAUUCAAAAAGGGCAAACUACUUCAGUUAAGUACAAAUGGACAUGAGGUACAAUCACUGGAGACUGGACAAAAGAGUGCUGUUCCAAUGAAAUACAUUGGAUACUCAAGAGUAGAAUUACUUUACUUGUUUCAGUUUGCAGUGACAGCAGUGACAAAGGAAGGAUUAUCACUCCUACCUGCUCUUUUUAAUGAUGGUGAAAAAGCAGAAUAUUUUAUAGUAAGAAUUACUAAUGAUCCUACUCUACUACAAUCAUUGAGGAAUUUGACCACAAAGAAUAAAUUAUUCAAGGCUAGUUAUAAUUUUGAAGCACAAACCUUAGAUGACUUAACUUUAAAGAAAGGAGAAGUGCUUGAAGUUGUUACAUAUGAUGAUGAUCAUAGAUGGUGGUAUAUGCAUUCACUCCAUACUGACAAAGAAGGAUACGUACCAAUUAAUUAUAUAUUACCAAUUGAAGGAAAAUACUCACUAAUGUACAAGUACAUUUACUAUCAUACAGUGAGUCGUGAUGAAGCAGAGGAGAGACUGAGCCAAGCAGACACACAAGCAGGUACUUUCCUAAUUAGAGAUAGUGAAAGGGAUCCUGGACAGUAUUAUUCCCUCUCACUUAAUGAUGGAGUUAAAAUCCGGCACUAUUGUAUAUACAUUGUGAAAAAUCAGUAUUAUAUAUCCCCUCAUGUUCAGUUUGAUUCACUCAAUGACCUGGUACAUCACUACAUGAUGAAAGCUGAUGGUCUGGCCUGCUCACUAACAGUUCCUAUACCUAAACAAGUAAACAUGCCCAUUCAAAUACAUAAAAACUGGGAAAUUAAUAAGUCAUCAAUCAAGUUUGAACAAUGCAUAAAUGCUGGACACUUUGGAGAGACGUGGAAGGGUAAUUGUCAAGGUAAAGGGCCAGUUAUCAUUAAGACAAAUAUAGCAACAAAUAUUACACAAGAAACAUUCAUUAAAGAAGCCAACAUAUUAAGAAAAUUCUAUAAUAAGAACAUUAUCAGCCUAUAUGGUGUUUGUAUUGAAGACUAUCCUUUUUAUAUUAUAACAGCGCCGAUAGAUCAAAAUCUUAAAAAUUAUCUAAUUAACAUGAUUAAGCCUCCUACACAAGUACAGCUGGUGAACUUCGCUAUUCAAGUUACGGAUGGUAUGAUUUAUUUAGGAAAUCAAGAUUACAUUCAUUGUGAUCUAAGAGCUAUUAAUAUACUAUUAGGAGAUCAUAACACUGUCAAGAUAGCAAACUUUCAUCUUGCUCAACACCUCAAUGGCAAAAAAUACUACAGCAUUAAGAAAUAUGAUCUACUAACUUAUAGAUGGACAGCACCUGAAGGGCACAUAUUGAAUCGAUUAAGUAUCAAAUCUGAUGUUUGGUCAUUUGGUAUAUUACUAUGGGAACUGGCUACCAAAGGAAAGGAACCAUAUCCUGGUAUGACUGAUGAAGAAGUAAAGGAGGCAGUAUCAAAAGGUGAUCAUAUGCCCAUACCCCAAGAUUGUCCUGAACUAUUUAAACAACUUAUGAUAAACUGCUGGAAACAGAAUGAAGAUCAAAGGCCAAACUUUAUACACAUCUUUAAUAUACUUUACUUACCAAAUAAAUAGACUAUGCAUUCAUAUUUACUAAUUUUCUCAAUGCACAGUUUGAUUUGUAGUAAAAUUACCAUAACUGAGA